CUCGCCAUUUCUCCCUUGGAUGUCCUUAGAGGGAUUUCCUUGAAGGUGCCGGCCAUACACCUGCGCCGUUGAAGGACGUCACAGUUCCCUGAUAUGAGCAAGUAUGGACCAGAAAAUUUUAUCUCUGGCAGCAGAAAAAACAACAGACAAAUUGCAAGAAUUUCUUCAAACCCUGAAUGAAGAUGAUCUGACUAAUCUCCUUCAGAAUCAAGCAGUGAAAGGAAAAACUAUUGGAGCACUCUUGAGAGCUAUCUUUAAAGGUUCCCCCUGCUCUCAGGAAGCUGGAGCCCUUAGAAGACGUAAGAUAUACACUUGUUGUGUCCAGUUAGUGGAAUCGGGGGAUUUGCAGAAAGAAGUAGCAUCUGAGAUUGUAGGAUUAUUAAUGCUGGAGGCUCACCGUUUUCCAGGACCAUUAUUGGUUGAAUUAGCCAAUGAGUUUAUUGGUGCUGUUGGAGAGGGGAACCUAGUCAAUGGAAAAUCUUUAGAGUUAUUACCCAUUAUUCUCACUGCCCUGACUACCAAAAAGGAAGUUAUGACUUACGGAAAAGGUGAACUGAGUGGAGAAGAAUGUAAGAAACAGUUGAUUAACAUUCUCUGUUCUGCCAGAUGGGAUCAGCAGUAUGUCAUCCAACUCACCUCCAUGUUCAAGGAUGUUCCUCUGACAGCAGAAGAGAUGGAAUAUGUGGUAGAAAAAGUGUUGAAGAUGUUCUCCAAGUUGAAUCUUCAAGAAAUACCACCUUUGGUCUAUCAGCUUCUAGUUAUUUCCUCAAAGGGAAACAGAAAAAGUGUUCUGGAAGGAAUCAUAUCCUUCUUCAAUGACUUAGAUAAGCAGCACAGCGAGGAGCAGAGUGGUGAUGAGCUACUGGACCUUGUUACUGUUCCAUCAGGUGAACUUCGUCAUGUGGAAGGCACUGUUAUUCUGCACAUUGUGUUUGCCAUCAAAUUGGACUGUGAACUGGGCAGAGAACUUCUGAAACACUUAAAGGCAAGACAGCAAGGAGAUUCCAGUAAUAAUUUAUGUCCCUUCAGCAUUGCUCUUCUUCUCUCUGUAACAAGAAUACAAAGAUUUGAGGAACAGGUGUUUGAUCUUUUAAAGAGUUCAGUUAUGAAAAGCUUUAAGGAUCUUCAGCUCCUCCAAGGAUCAAAAUUUCUUCAGAAUCUAGUCCCUCAGAGAUCUUGUGUUUCAACCAUGAUCUUGGAUGUGGUAAAGAAUAGUGUUCAUAGUUGGGAUCAUGUUACUCAGGGCUUGGUUGAAUUUGGCUUCAUUUUAAUGGACUCAUAUGGACCAAAGAAGAUUCUUGAUGGGAAAACUAUGGAAACUAGCUCAGGUCCUUCUAGAAUGCCAAACCAGCAUGCCUGUAAGCUGGGAGCUGACAUCCUGUUGGAAACAUUUAAGAUCCAUGAGAUGAUCAGACAAGAAAUUCUGGAGCAAGUCCUCAACAGGGUUGUUACCAGAACAUCCUCUCCCAUCAGUCAUUUCUUAGACCUACUUUCAAAUAUCAUCAUAUAUUCCCCCUUAGUUCUUCAGAGUUGUUCUUCUAAAGUCACAGAAACUUUUGACUAUUUGUCCUUUCUGCCUCUUGCGACUGUCCAGGGGCUGCUUAAGGCAGUGCAGCCUCUUCUCAAAGUCAGCAUGUCAAUGAGAGACUCCUUGAUACUUGUGCUUCGGAAAGCCAUGUUUGCCAGCCAGCUUGAUGCCCGAAAAUCUGCAGUGGCUGGGUUUUUGUUACUCCUGAAAAACUUCAAGGUUUUAGGCAGCCUGGCAUCCUCUCAGUGCAGUCAGUCUAUUGGUGUCAGUCAGGUGUAUGUGGAUGUCCAUAGCCGUUACAAUUCUGUUGCCAAUGAAACGUUUUGCCUUGAGAUCAUGGAUAGUUUGAAGAGAUGCUUAAGCCAGCAGUCUGAUGUUCGACUCAUGCUCUAUGAGGGAUUUUAUGAUGUUCUCCGAAGGAACUCUCAGCUGGCUAGCUCAAUCAUGCAGACUCUGCUGUUACAGUUAAAGCAGUUCUAUGAACCAAAAUCUGAUAUACUGCCUCCUCUGAAAUUAGAAGCUUGUUUUCUGACCCAAGGAGAUCAGGUCUCUCUACAAGAACCACUGGAUCAUCUGCUGUGCUGUAUUCAGCAUUGUUUGGCCUGGUAUAAGAGUAAAGUGAAGCCCCUACAGCAGGGAGAUGAAGAGGAAGAAGAAGAGGGAUUCUACCAAGAGCUAGAUGAUAUAUUGGAGUCUAUUACUAAUAGAAUGAUUAAGAGUGAGCUAGAAGACUUUGAACUGGAUAAAUCAGCAGAUUUUUCCCAGAACACUGGUAUUGGCAUCAAAAAUAAUAUCUGUGCUUCUCUUGUGAUGAGUAUUUGUGAGGUUCUAAUAGAAUAUAAUUUUUCCAUAAGUAAUUUCAGUAAGAAUAAGUUUGAGGAGGUUCUGAGCUUAUUUAUGUGUUACAAGAAACUCUCUGAUGUCCUUAAUGAAAAAACUGGUAAAGGCAAAACUAAAAUGGCCAACAAAACAAAUGAUAGUUUUUUGUCCAUGAAAUUUGUGUCUGAUCUUCUCAUUGCUCUUUUCAGGGAUAGUACCCAAAGCCAUGAAGAGAGCCUGUCUGUUCUCAGGUCCAGCAAUGAGUUUAUGCGCUAUGUAGUGAAUGUAGCUCUUCAGAAAGUACAACAACUAAGGGAAACAGGGCACGUGAGUGGCCCUGAUGGCCAAAACUCGGACAAGAUCUUUCAGAACCUCUGUGACAUAACUCGGGUCUUACUGUGGAGAUACACUUCAAUUCCUACUGCGGUAGAAGAGUCGGGGAAGAAGGAGAAAGGAAAGAGCAUCUCACUGCUGUGCUUGGAGGGCUUGCAGAAGAUAUUCAGUGCCGUGGAGCAGUUCUAUCAGUCCCGGAUUCAGCACUUUCUCAGGGCUCUGGAUAAGGAAGGAGAAGAGGAAGAAGAUGCUGGAGUCAGUGUCACUCAGAGAGCUGCAUUCCAGAUCCGGCAGUUUCAGAGAUCCCUAUUGAAUUUACUUAGUGAGAAAGAAGAUUUUAACAGCAAAGAAGCCUCCCUGCUAGUCACUGUUCUCUCCAGCUUGUCCAGACUACUGGAGCCCUCAUCUCCUCAGUUUGUGCAGAUGUUAGCCUGGACAUCGAAGAUAUGCAAGGAAAACAGCUGGGAGGAUACCUCAUUUUGCAAGAGCUUAAUGAACUUGCUCUUCAGCCUGCAUGUUUUAUAUAAGAGUCCCGUAACCCUGCUACGUGACUUGUCUCAGGAUAUCCAUGGUCAGCUGGGAGACAUAGAUCAGGAUGUAGAGGUGGAAAAAUCAAACCACUUUGCAAUGGUGAAUCUGAGAACAGCCGCCCCCACUGUCUGUUUACUUGUUCUGAGUCGGGCUGAGAAGGUCCUAGAAGAAGUUGACUGGCUGAUUGCCAAGCUCAAGGGACAAAUGAGCCCAGAAACCCUACCAGAAGGGGCCUCUUCUCAAGCAGCCCCACCAAACCAUCCCACUGAGAAAGCCGUCAUCAUGCAACUGGGAACUCUGCUUACAUUUUUUCACGAGCUGGUACAGACAGCCCUGCCAUCAGGCAGCUGCGUCGACACCUUGUUAAAGGACCUGUGCAAAAUGUACACCGUCCUAACGGCGCUUGUCAGAUAUUAUCUCCAGGUAUGUCGGAGCUCUGGAGGAAUUCCAAAAAAUAUGGAAAAGCUGGUGAAGCUGUCUGGUUCGCAUCUGACACCCCUGUGUUAUUCUUUCAUUUCUUACGUACAGAAUAAGAAGAGUAAGAACCCAAAAUAUACAGGAGAUAUGAAAAAGGAUAAAACUGUUGCCACAGCCAUGUCCAGGGUUCUUCGGGAAACCAAGCCAAUCCCUAACCUCAUCUUUGCCAUUGAGCAGUAUGAAAAAUUCCUCAUCAACCUUUCUAAGAAGUCCAAGGUGAACCUGAUGCAACACAUGAAGCUCAGCACCUCGCGAGACUUCAAGAUCAAAGGGAACAUCCUGGACAUGGUGCUUCAGGAGGAGGGGGAGGAUGAAAAUGAAGAGGGCACUGCAUUAGAGCACGGGGCACAAAACAGAGAACCAGCAAAGAAGAAAAGGAAAACAAAGGAAAUGCCUGAGUUAAUGUGAACUUUGGGUCUUCUGCUUCCUUUUUACCCAAUAGCAGUAGUACCCCUUGUCCUACAGCCCACGCUGAUGUCGGCAUCUUGGUACUGAACCCACUGAACUCAACUGCACCUUCAGUUAGAAGGAAUCUUCUUGCCAGGUCCUGCUACUGAAAAGUGGCUGCCCUUAGGCAAGCCAUUUUGCAAAAAGCAAAGCUGAAAGCCUGAGUUUGGGAUCCCGCACACCCCGAUGAAGCUCCACAGGAGCAAAUACGGAGCCUCCGGGCUGGCUUCACUUUUCCAAGGAGCCUUUGGUGAGUUCAAUUAUCUGG